AUGUCGCACCUGAAUGCACGAGCAGAGUCGACGACGCGUUUACUAGACGAAACAAUAGACAUUCUUCAGUACCUCAGGAGUCACCUCGCGGUCAUAGCCAAUCUCGACGAGCCGGAUGUCCGCCUCGAACAAGCUCUCCAAUCACUGGAUGGCAACCUCUCUCAGUCCAAAGUCUCUUUAGAACAAGACCUUUGCAAGAUCCAAGCCCAUGCGUCCCGCAUACUCGGACCUCGGUGCUUUAUAGACCGCCUCCCAGUGGAACUGAUGCAAGAUAUCUUCCAUAUGGUUCUAGGGACCAACGAAAAGACGUGGUUCAAGGAUUCGAUCAAGCUAUCCCAUAUCUCUCGUCACUGGAGAAUGAUCACCGCUUCGACGCCGACAAUGUGGUCGAACUUUGACUUUUCCAUCGAGAAGAGCAAAGAUGACGCAUUGUGCCAUUUCUGGACAUUUCUCAAGGAAAGAGUACGAGAGACGCCGAUUUCCAUCAGGAUACGAGGUAUCUACGAUCAAACUGCGCCUCGUCUUGCAUUGUGCAAUCUGAGCGCGUUGGAGGCCAUUGACGAGCUCGCUUUUUGUAUCGAAGACCGUUCAUCGUCCAAAGAUAUCCUCAAUGUUGACUAUAGCAAUCUCGCCUGCAAGUGCCGCAGCCUCUCCGUUGAGGCUACACGAGGAGGAGAUGGCUCUCUUGCGGAUAUCCUCCAUCUUUUUGACGAGGUAGAAGAACUCACAGUAUCCGGAAUGAGCUCAUUCACCGUCGGAGACUCACCCAAAGUUUCCCAACUCACCAAACUCGCUCUCAAAGACCUGAGCAGAGUACAUAUUCUAGAUAUCCUCGCAGCGACUACACAGUUGCGAGUACUUCGUUUCUUUGACAGCACCCCUACUGUCACCACUCCCAAGUCUCCCCUGGAGAGCCAGCUCGAAGCGCUAUACGCGGCUGGUGUUGGCGACUGCGAGUGGAUUCAGCACCUUCGGUGUCCAAACCUCGAAACAAUCGACCUCGAACCGCGUCCGACAGAGCCCAUAUUCCGAUUCAUCGAGUCGUGUACUGGUUUGAAGAGGGUCGACUGCGACGUGCGCGAGAUUUCAGAGCUCCUAGAGCUCAUCAAGCGUGCUCCAAAUAUCGAGCACGUCGCGCUUUACGACGAGAUAGCGCCAUUAUACGACUGGACCACCCAUCAUCUCCUACACCCGCCCUUUCCUCACCUGCACUCCUUGGAGAUUUGGGAUCUCACGUUGACAACGGAGACUCUGGGGGAUUUGAUCAAGAAGCGCUGUCUGCCCCAGGGACAUCCGCUCUCUGAGAUGGACAAGGGUGUCCAACCGAUAGAUACGCUCAAGUUUUGCUGGAGGGACAAUAACAAGAGCGUAGAUGCCUUGGAUCUAGAAGGGAAUCUUCUCUUGCAGGAUGCUAGCCAGGAGAGAAGUUCGAUCAGGAGGUUCAAUAGGACGUAUACCGAACUAACUAUUAAAUGGAACCACUGA